AUGAGUGGACCUUACGAUCAACCAAUACAUAAUCAAGCUCCCGGUUUCUAUCCUGGCCCAGUUCCCGGUCAAGCUCCUGGCUUCUUUCCUGGUGCCGUUCACGGUGCACCUAUAAAUCAACCAACUUCAGCAUAUGUAACGACAGAAGUUACUCAUGGUGAGCAUGUGAAACAAAGUGGUUCAACAUCAUCAAGUGGUUCGUAUGUUGCUGAUCAUCAUGGAGGCCAUAUUGGUUACGGUGGUGGUCCAGUGCAUAACGUAUCUCAUCAUGGAGGAUAUGGUGGUGGUCCAGUGCAUAACGUAUCUUAUCAUGGAGGAUAUGGUGGUGGAUCGUUUGAGUCAGGUUUUAGUGGUCCGCGACGUCAUGGACGUUAUCGACGACAAGUUAUUCGAUUGCCUGAAGCAAUUCCGGGAUGUGUACGACAAGUGCGACACCGUUUAUUAACUCCAGAACCUGAUGUACUUGACCGAGUUUAUAUUCAACGUCAAGGUGGUGACAUUAUAGAAGAAAUUACAGAAGUUCCAACAACACCACCACCUCGUGUUCAAGAACGAACUGUUGUCGAACCAUCUGGACCACCUCAAGUCGUUAGAAAAGUUAUUCGUGUACCACCACGAAGCGGUGGUUAUUCUUCAUAUCAUGGAGAUAUUGGUUUUUCUCAUGCAGCUCCAGUCGUGAGCACAGGAAGUUAUGCUAAUUUAUUACCUGCUACUGGUAGUAUUCAACACUUUGGCGGUAUUCCAUGUACUGAUAGUUUUGGUGGAUUACCAUUAGGUGGGUAUACUGGUGGACUUACGAAUUUUGGUGGUUUUGGCGCAGCUCUUCCACAACCGAGCUUUAAUUAUGGUGCAGCACUUCCACAACCGAGCUUUAAUUAUGGUGCAGCUCUUCCACAACCGAGCUUUAAUUAUGGUGCAGCUCUUCCACAACCGAGCUUUAAUUAUGGUGCAGCUCUUCCACAAGCAAACUUUGGUUUCGGUGCAGCUCUUCCACAAACAAGCUUUGGCUUUGGUGCAGCUCUUCCACAACCAAGCUUUGGUUUUGGUGGCUUUCAAUCUCAAGCAUUAUUACCAGCAGCUCCAGCUCUCCCAGCUAAUUGCUUUAUUAUUUAA